CAAGGCCACAACCACACGCUGAACCCACGACCUGAUUCUCCUUCGUCCCAACACCCAGCGAGCGAGCGAGCAACAGCGGAAGAAAAUCCAAGGACUUCAGCGAGCGAGCAGAUCGACGCCUCCUUCAUCAGACCUAAAUACUCCUCACCGAUCGAGCAGCAAGGGAAGAACAGAACUAAAUACUCCGUAACAUUUACCAUUACUAGACACCUGACAUGAUACAUGAGCGGCUUCUUUCUCUUCCCCAACCCGCUCAUCCGCGUACCAGAACCCCAGAAGCCACCUGAACCCUAGAACUGCAUUUUCAACCCCAUGAAACUGCGCAUACCUAUGCGAAACAAGCUUCUCUCGUGUCCUGCUUAGUAGUUAGUUACAAUCUGCAAGUCCAGAAACCUUAGUUAUAGGAGGACCCUUCUGAAGAACGAUGUCUCUCCCACCUAUGAAGUGCGUUUACAUGACCGAAGAUUCCAUAAAAGAAUUGAAGAAUGGAAACUCCACCUUCAAAUUCUCUAACCCUGUGCCAAACCUUCGCUUUCUGUACGAGCUCUGCUGGAUUAUGAUUAGAGGAGACUUGCCAUUUCAGAAGUGCAAAGCUGCAUUGGAGUCUGCUGAAUUUAUUGAUUAUGUUUGCCAGGAUGAAAUUGGAUCCAAUUUAGCUGAUAUUGUGACCCAAAUAGCUCAAGAUCUCACUUUGUCUGGAGAGUAUCGUGCACGUCUCAUCAAACUGGCGAAAUGGCUGUUGGAAUCUGCAUUAGUACCUUUAAGAUUUUUUCAGGAGCGCUGUGAGGAAGAAUUUCUCUGGGAUGCUGAAAUGACCAAGAUAAAGGCUGCAGAUUUGAAGUCAAAAGAGGUGAGGGUAAACACUCGCCUUCUCUAUCAGCAAACAAAGUUUAACCUUCUCCGAGAAGAGAGUGAAGGAUACUCCAAACUGGUUACUCUACUUUGCCAGAUUCCUGAAGCUUCUAGCAGAAACGUUUCAGAUGCAACAGUUGGGAUAAUUAAGUCAUUAAUUGGACACUUUGAUUUGGACCCGAAUCGAGUAUUUGACAUUGUUUUGGAGUUUUUUGAAUUCCAACCUGAUAACAGAGUAUAUCUGGACCUCAUCCCUAUAUUUCCAAAGUCUCAUGCCUCCCACAUUCUUGGUCAUAAAUUUCAAUACUACCAGCGCAUGGAAGUCAAUGAUCAUGUGCCAUACGGUCUCUACCGGCUAACUGCUUUGCUGGUUAAGAAAGGUUUUAUUGAUCUUGACAGCAUAUAUGUACAUUUACUUCCCAAGGAUGAGGAGGCAUUUGAGCAUUAUGCCGUAUCCUCUGCAAAGAGACUUGAGGAGGCAAACAAGAUAGGAAGAAUAAAUCUUGCUGCAACUGGAAAGGAUCUCAUGGAUGAGGAUAAACAAGGAGAUGUUACAGUUGAUCUUUAUGCUGCUUUUGAUACGGAGUCUGGUUCAGUUGCUGAAAGAUUGUCAGAACUACAAGAUAGUCAACCUUUGGGUCUGCUCAUGGGGUUUCUUGCUGUGGAUGAUUGGUAUCAUGCUCGCAUGCUAUUUGAUCGCCUGUCACCUCUUAAUCCAGUGGAGCAUAUGCAAAUAUGCAGUGGUUUGCUUAGGCUUAUUGGAAUAUCAAUUGUGCCGGGAUAUGGCCAAGUUUGCAAAACUCAGCUUCUGAGUGCAGCUACUGGAACUGAUAGUAACACAAUGGAUGUGACCAAUUCAUUUGACAGUAGUUCCUUCAUUGAUCUUCCAACAGAGCUUUUUGAUAUGCUUACUACUAUUGGUCCUUAUCUUUAUCGAGAUAUUGCAUUACUUCAAAAGGUUUGCAGAGUGUUGAGGGGUUACUACAUAUGUGCACGCGAGUUUGCCAACUGCGGUGGGGAGUUUUAUGCUCAAAUGACUAUUACAGAAAACCAAACUCCUCGUACCCAUUUGAGGGAUGCUCGGUUGAGAAUUGAGGAAGCACUAGGGACAUGUUUACUCCCUUCCAUGCAGUUGAUACCAGCAAAUCCUGCGGUUGGGCAAGAGAUAUGGGAACUACUCAGUCUCCUACCCUAUGAGGUCCGUUAUCGUCUAUAUGGUGAGUGGGAAAAAGAUGAUGAACAACUUCCAAUGCUUUUAGUUGCAAGGCAAACAGCUAAGUUGGACACAAGAAGGGUUCUGAAACGCCUUGCUAAAGAAAACUUCAAACAACUAGCUCGAAUGGUUGCCAAACUAGCUCAUGCAAAUCCCAUGACAGUACUUAGGACAAUAGUUCAGCAGAUAGAGGCUUAUAGGGAUAUGAUUACCCCAGUUGUUGAUGCAUUCAAGUACUUGACCCAGAUGGAGUACGAUAUUUUGGAAUAUGUCGUAAUCGAGCGUCUGGCACAAAGUGGGCGUGAUAAGCUAAAAGAUGAUGGCCUGAAUUUGUCGGAUUGGCUCCAGUCUUUGGCAUUGUUUUGGGGGCAUCUGUGUAAAAAAUAUCCAUCAAUGGAACUACGAGGUCUUUUCCAGUAUCUUGUAAAUCAGUUGAAGAGAGGAAAUGGGAUUGAGCUCCUUGUUGUUCAGGAGCUUAUACAGCAAAUGGCUAAUGUUCAGUACACAGAGAACAUGACAGAAGAGGAACUGGAUGCAAUGGCUGGAAGUGAAACCCUACGAUAUCAGGCCACUUCAUAUGGGAUAACCAGGAACAAUAAGGCAUUAAUUAAGUCUACCAAUCGGCUUAGAGAUGCUUUGCUUCCAAAAGAAGAGCCAAAGUUGGCAAUUCCUCUUUUGUUACUCAUUGCUCAGCACCGUUCCGUGGUUGUCAUAAAUGUUGACGUUCCUUAUAUCAAAAUGGUCAGUGAACAAUUUGAUAGAUGCCAUGGAACUCUCCUCCAAUAUGUGGAAUUUUUGACAAGUGCAGUUACUCCAGCAAGUAGCUAUGCUCUACUUGUUCCAACUUUAAGUGACCUUUUACGACUUUAUCAUCUUGACCCUGAGGUUGCAUUUCUUAUUUACCGGCCAGUUAUGAGGCUCUUCCAGUCUCAGAAUAAUCCAGAUGUCUUUUGGCCAUUAGACUAUAAUGAAGCAAUGAGUAGAACUGAGUCUGAAACUAUUGGUGAUUCUACCAAAAUGGUUCUGGAUCUCGGCUCUACACGCAAGCCUAUCUUCUGGGAGGACCUACUCGAGACCAUCAAGAUGAUGUUACCUUCAAAAGCAUGGAAUAGUUUGUCUCCUGACCUGUAUGCUACUUUUUGGGGCCUUGCUUUGUAUGAUCUCUAUGUUCCAAGAAACCGUUAUGAUUCUGAAAUUGCGAAGCUACGUGCUGCUCUUAAAGCGCUUGAAGAAUUAUCUGAUAAUUCUAGUUCUGCAAUCACAAAGAGGAAGAAAGAUAAAGAAAAAAUCCAAGAGUCUCUUGACCGACUGAAUUUGGAAUUUCAUAAACAUGAAGAACAUGUUGCAUCUGUCCAUAGACGUUUAGCCCGUGAAAAGGACAAGUGGUUGAGUUCCUGCCCCGACACAUUAAAAAUCAAUAUGGAAUUUCUUCAGCGCUGCAUCUUUCCACGGUGUACAUUCAGUAUGCCUGAUGCAGUAUACUGUGCUAUGUUUGUAAACACUCUUCAUUCACUUGGAACUCCUUUUUUCAACACCGUUAACCACAUAGAUGUUCUGAUAUGCAAAACAUUACAACCUAUGAUUUGUUGUUGCACUGAGUAUGAAGUGGGACGUCUAGGAAGGUUCUUGUAUGAGACUUUGAAGACGGCCUAUUAUUGGAAGGGCGAUGAAGCAAUAUACGAACGUGAAUGUGGGAAUAUGCCAGGGUUUGCCGUUUACUACAGAUACCCCAACAGCCAACGUGUGACAUAUAGCCAAUUCAUUAAGGUACAUUGGAAAUGGAGCCAAAGGAUCACGAGGUUGCUAAUACAAUGUUUGGAAUCAACUGAGUACAUGGAAAUUCGUAACGCUCUGAUUUUGCUGACUAAAAUAUCCAGUGUUUUCCCUGUUACCCGUAAGAGUGGGAUUAAUCUUGAGAAGCGGGUUGGUAAAAUUAAAAGCGAGGAGAGGGAGGAUCUCAAAGUAUUGGCAACUGGUGUUGGUUCUGCUUUAGCGGCAAGGAAGCCCUUGUGGGUUUCAGAUGAAGAAUUUGGAAUGGGUUAUCUUGAACUAAAGCCAGGUCCAGGACUGACUCAAAAGCCAGCACCAGCAAAUCAAUCUGCUUUACCGAAUGGAUCUAUGACCAGUCUCUCUCAGGGAGAGCAUGCUGGGGGCAGAAGUGCUGCUGUAGGAAGGCCGGGUGAUGGAAAAUUAGACCGAGCAGAGAAUCCUUCACAAAAGUCUGAUCCCGUUCACUCUAAACAAAAUUUGGCUUCGUCUAAUGGCCCUGAUUACAUCUUGAGGCUAUCAACUGCUGUGCAAUCAGGCACAUCCAGAUCUAUGGAGAAUCAAAAAUACAUGGACGAAUUGGCAAAUGAACCUCUAGGAGAAAGCAACUCAAAAGUAGUUUCUAAGACAUAUUCAAACCAGGAGGGAAGAGCGACUACAAAGCGUUCUAAUCCAGCUGGAUCACUACCAGUGCAGCUAAAACUGGACCCUACCAAAGAUGAUAGAUCUGGCAAAGAUCUUCAUCCGUCUGAGAACAGGGCAGGUGGAGUGACUUCUGGAAUGUCAGGCAAUGGUAAUAUGGGUUUAACGAAAACUGGAUCCUUGAGCACUUCAUCUUCGCGACCUCUAACUCACGGAAAUGAAACAAAAACUGAGAUUGUGGGUGCAAAGUCAUCAGAUCCCAGACACACCGGGAAAGAUGAUGGAAAUGGAUCUUCUGAUCUCCAUGGCCAAUAUUCUCGUACAGUACAUUCUCCGCGACAGGAUAUAUCUAAGUCUGCUGAUCGAAAAAGAGGGAGUCCCUCUGAAGAAGUAGAUAAACUAAAUAAACGCCGUAAAGGUGAGAGUGAUCCAAGGGAAAUGGAUGACGGCGAGAUAAGAGAACGAGCUGUCGAUGCUAGAGCUGCUGAUAAACCUCAUUCACUAGAUUAUGACAAUACAAUAUUUGAUGACCAAAGUACAAGCAGGGUCACCGAAAAGGUUAGUGACAGAUCAAAAGAUAAGGGUUUAGAAAGACAUGAGAGGGAGCAUCGGGAGCGUUUGGAGAGGCCGGACAAGUCUCGUGGGGAUGAUAUGCUCUCUGAUAAACCCAGGGAUAGAUCGAUUGAAAGACACAUGCGGGAGCGAUCUGUAGAAAAAGUUGUGGAGAGGGGUUUAGAUAGAAACAUUGAUAGGCUAGGUAAAGAUGAAAGAAACAAGUUGCGUUAUGGUGAUGUUUCUGUGGAGAAAUCUCAUGUAGAUGAUCGAUUUCAUAAUCAAAGCUUACCUCCUCCCCCUCCCUUGCCACCUCACGUGGUUCCUCAAUCCAUUAGUACUAGUAAGAGAGACGAAGAUUCUGACAGACGUGUGGGAUCUUCAAGGCAUGGACAGCGCCUCUCGCCUAGGCAUGAUGAAAGAGAGAGGAGGCGCUCUGAAGAGAAUAUUUUGCUACUUCAGGAUGAUAUAAAACGUCGAAGAGAUGAUGAUUUUCGAGACAGAAAGCGAGAUGAAAGAGACCUGCUUCCUAUUAAGGUGGAUGAGAGGGAGAGAGAAAGGGAGAAACAAACCCUUCUGAAGGAGGACAUGGAUCCAAAUGCUGCUUCCAAGAGGCGAAAAUUAAAAAGAGAGCAUAUAUCAUCAGAAGCUGGUGAAUAUUCACAAGCAUCUUUGCCUCCACCUCAUCUUCCGCUUGGUAGCAUCUCCCAGUCCUAUGAUGGUGGAAGGGAGAGGGGAGAUCGUAAAUCAGGUAUAGUUCAUCGUCCUGGAUACUUGGAGGAUCAAGGUCCGAGGAUACAUGGAAAAGAUUCCACAAGCAAAUCAACACGCCGUGAUGCUGAUCCACUAUAUGACAGAGAGUGGGAUGAUGAUAAAAGACAAAGAGGAGCUGACCCAAAAAGACGCCACCGCAAGUAAUUUUUGAAAUUAAAUAUUUUGCAGUGUGCUCUUUGUCAAGAAGGACUGCAGGCGCAAGUGCUAAACCCGGAGUUAUAGUUGAAUGUGCUGAAUGUAUUAAUGGAUUUAAUGAAAAGCAUUGUUUGGGAAGGCUGGAGGGAUGGGCACAUCUGGCUUGAAUACAUACGUCGCCCCGGGUUGAUACUUUAAAACUUUUUAAUUUUAACCCAUCUGGCCUGAAUACCAUACAGGAGGGUUGACCCGUCCACUUGGAAGUUAUAUUUUACCUUACCAUGUUUCUGCUAUCCUUGAGCGCUGUAAGAAGUCAAAUCUGUCCUUCACAUAAACCAGAAUGAGGUUUAAAUUGUGACGGGAGAUGGGGAAGAGUUCAUGUUUAAUGCUAUCAGAUAUCUAUUGAUAACUUUUCUUUCAUUAAAAUUCCCACCCCCAUUGUAGUGAGCGUCGUUUUAUGAUGUUAUCAUACUAGUGAAAAAGACUUGAUACAAUUUGAACAAAAUUAAUUCAGCUAUCAAAAAAG